AAGUGACACGGUGUUGUUGGUGAGCGCGGGCAAUUCGCGUUGUAGUUGUGGAGUAAAUGGCGUAAAUGAAGUUUAUGGUGACCGAACAUGGACUGCGACCGAGGGAUAUUUUGCCCGUUUUGUGGCAAACACAUGAACACAUUAACGCGGUUUUGCUUUACGUGUGGCCGGUGUUUGGAGUUUCUGAAAGACGCGGACCAGACGGAAACACUUGAAACACAGGCGUCGUCUCGCCAGCCGGACAGUGUUAAUCAAACCGAACAUCCAUGCCCAUCAUACAAACAGUUCAUGGAGUACAGAAGCUCCAAGUCUAAAGAACGACAGGCUUUUAACUACGGACCAAAACGAAGAAAUAGGCCUAAAGAAAGAAAAAACGUCCAGAUAAACGUAGGAUUGAUGGUGCCACAUGGAACUGAUGGAACUGAUUUAAAACCUCUAAGAGGGAAAACGCUCCCGGAAUUUACAGACCCAGAAGUAGCAGCACCUGAUCUACUGAAACAAGCUGUGCAGAAAAUGAGAACAUUUAACAAGGACAUGCACGAAGGACCUUAUGUCCUUUUGUAUCCAGACUGCUCAGAGGUGGUCCAUGUGCCCGGGUCAGAAAGGCCAUUCAAAUUGGCAGAAUAUAAAAAGGAAAUAGGAAAGGCAUAUUCCAGGAUCACUUUUUUCAUUUGCCUAGAAAAACACUAUAAAGGAGUGGAUGAUACCUCAGACUCUGAUUCUGAAAUUGUCAUCACAACAAGGAGCAGAGCCGAAUUCAAUCAAGCUGACACUUUGGUUUUUGAACCAAAAAAUCGAAGUACUCCUAAACACAAACUAGAAGAUGAAAGACAAGCACCAGGACAUUCAACAAUUCAGCCAGGACAGAUAGUAAUAUCUGAUGCUGAGGAUCUGGAUCAACCUGAAACAAAUCCAGAAAAAAAUUCUUGCUACAGUAAAUACACAGACCUGUUUUCACCCAAUGUUGAGCCAGAGGAUGAAGAGCCUGUUGCUGUCAAUGUGAAGAAUAUCCAACACACAGCAAUGGAGGAGACGGACAUUUCAUUACCUGACAUCGUGGCAAACCUGUCGCUACCUAUUGAUCAUAAAAAAGUCAGUCGGUUCAACAUCUCAAGGGCUAAUGUUUGGGAUGGGGCAGUCAGAGGUUUCAAGCGUACAACAUAUUCUGAAACCUGUGACAUGCUGGUCAAAUUCACUGAUGAUACUGGUGUUUUGGAAGAGGGAAUUGACACGGGUGGUCCAAGAUGAGAGUUUUUAACUCUACUAAUGAAACACCUAAAAGACCGGCCCAUUUUUGAUGGACCAGAAGGACAUCGGUUCUUGGUCUACAAUGCAAAUGCUGUUAGGGAGGAUGAGUACUACCUGGCAGGAAAGAUGAUUGCUGUGUCAGUUGUGCAUGGAGGUCCAGGACCCCAUUUCCUGUCAGAAGAUCUUGUACAUUAUCUUUCAGGCCAGCCUUCAUUC